GAUAAUGAACGUCCAAGCACGAGGUGCCAUUGGAGCAAUCUUCUUCCUGAGCUCAACGGACGUCUCAACCGCAGUGAAUCGAAGCAUCAGCUUUCCUGAGCCCAUUUGGAUUGGUGAAAAUGCCCUGCAACAUGGAACAGUGGCCAGGCUUCUCGGCGACCCCCUGACGCCUGGUUACCCCUCGCACGGUGGCCUGCAUCGGCUGAGCGUGCAAGACUCGGGCCUACCCUCCAUCCCAGCACAGCCGAUAAACGAGUGCGACGCCCGAGACAUAUUUCGGUUCAUGACGGAAGUAGCAUGUCCUGAGCAGUGGGAUCCCAACUUGAAUGUCCCGUGCGGCCUUGUUUUGGAGAGCGGCACGACGCUCGGGAUAACGACGCACAACGACAUCACAGUCUCCACAGUCGAGAACGUCAUCGGCAUGUGGAGAGGAAACAUCGAACCAGACCGGCUGGUGGUACUGGGCGCCAGGGUCUCGCGGACGGUGACCAACCCAAACCUCCAGAACCAGUGGUUUCCCGUAAGCCAGCUUUUGCAGCAGACCAUCGCCUUCCGAGCCUUGCGCCUCAUGGGAUGGAGUCCGCGGCGCAGCCUCGCCUUCGUGCUCUGGCAGUCGGACGAGCACGGCGCCCAGGGCUCCGCCGAGUGGGUCGAGGACCGCGCCGGCCUGCUCCGCAAAGGGGGCGUGCUCUACGUGGACAACAGUCGGGUCACAGGAAGUCUGUUCGAACCACACGCAUCUCCGGGCCUGUCUUCAUCGCUGAGAGAAGUAGCAAACCUGGUGCAUCCAGAUGGACGGGAGAAAACGCUGAAGUCUACCUGGCAGUCGCGACCUCACACCCUGAAAGACAUCAACGGGGAAGCAAUGGCGCUGCCUGUGACCGGCCAUUCAGACGACGGCCCGUUCGCCUUCGCUGCGGGAAUGCCUACCCUCGCUGUGUCCUUCAGUGACCCCGCGCGUCCGUACGGCAUGUGGCCCGCUCACCGCAUGGUAUCCACCAACUCCACAGAACUCACAAGUGCGCUGAGGACAGCGACGCAGGUCGGCGCGCUGAUGGCUCGCAUGUGGGCCGACCGAGAGGUGCUGCCCUACGCGCCGGCAGAAAUGGCGUGGUGGCUCACCGACGCUCUCGAACGCUUUGAGCGCCGACAUGCUGAUACGCUUCGCAACCGUGGCCUGAGCAUCGAGUCGGCAAAGCGUCUUGCGAAGACAUUUCACAAAGCGGCGGAGAGUUUUAUGCACUACGUCGCUGAAGCACCCCGCGCCAACCCCCUCAUCACGUGUAUGAUCAAUGACAUCAUGACUAGUAUGGAGAAGGUGUUUACCAUCCCGGGAGGUGUACCGACAAGGCACAUCACUCACAGGAACAUCCUGUACUCGCCCGAAGGCAUUCCCUUUCCCGGCCUCGAAGAUGUGCUUAGGCUGAGCCCCGUCAACAAAGCAGCGUUCAGAAAUCAUCUGGCCCUCCUCAUGGAAAGCAUCAUACAGGCUACAGAACUAAUGACUGUAACCCCUUUUUAAAAUUAGCACUCGCCCGCCAGAACCGGAAGACCCACUGGAAAUAAAA